AAUGGAUUUUGUAGCAAGUGAUAGUGAUUAUGUAAGUUAUGCGUCGAAUGGGAACGAUUCUGAUGAGUAUGUCCCCCCUGAGAUGACAUUUGAAAAACCAAGGAAGAGAGGAAGGAAAGCAGCGAAGAAAGAAAGAGAAAAGCUCAUCGAUAACUCCCAUGAAGCUAUUCAAAAAUUUUAUGACCCCUCUGGCUUGAGGAAGAGCAGUAUAGAGAUUACAGAAGAUUUCAUAGAUAUUAAACCUGAAGAGGUUGAGAAUUUUAAAAGGGAGUAUGAGAGUACCUUCCUUGAAAAUGUUGAUUAUGAACCUCUCAACAGCAGAACACUUAGUGAAGAUGAUAUAACCUAUUUUAACGAGAAUACACGCAGUUUGUGAAGACUUCACAAAAUAGUCCAAAAAGCUGGUGGGGCCAAUUUUGUCUUCUGAAAUAACCUAUGGGAGCAGGUUGCUGAUAAAGUUGGAUAUCCCUUCUAUAAAGAUGCUAUUGAUGAUUAUAGACUAUUCUUUUUCGUCUAUGAUAUUAUUAAAGACCAGGAGUUCUUCCAAAGAGUAUCCAGAGAUGUAGAUAAGGUUAUGAUUCAAGAUGUUCAUGCCCAAUAUCUUUUAGAAGUUUCUUAUUUCUUCUUAAGCCCUCUUAAGGAGAUCAAGAAAGUCCAGUUAAGGUUGCUUGUUGAGACAGAAGCAGCUGUGGUUCGUAGCUUUGAGCAUAGUGUAGGCUUAACUAAGGAAUUUUACCAUCUAGAAAGUUUGUAUCCGCUAUUUAAGUACGAAAUGAUCAGAGUAUGAAGCCAAAUGUCAUUCAGAGGUGGAGUCAUGAGCAGAACUGAAUCAAAUGGCAUCAUACCUUUGCAACAAUUCUUGAUGAAAAUAGCAGACCCAGUCAUAAAACCCACAAAAGAUGACCAGGUUCAGGAAGAUAACACUAUCUUGCACUGUGGGUUUGAUUUGAAUAUUGCAAUCAGUAGGGUUUUAAUCAAUGACCUUAUCAAUAAAAUACCAGAAGAGAUUAACUUUUUCUCCAACAAAAAUAUGCUCAAAAUGCAUAGACAGAACAUUUUCGGUGUCACCCUUCCUUCAAUGUCAAUCUACAUGAAAAAUUCAUGGAUGGGAGCAUACAUAGCUCCUCAUGCAGCAAAAUUUUAUUCUAUCAACCAUGGUCCAGCAGAGAUGGAAUGGGUAGUUAUUGCUCAAGAGGACAUCCCCAAACUAGAGAAGGUAAUAUAUGAGGUUUAUUCUACUGACUUCAGCAAAAUGGAAGGAUCUCUCUGUAUCUACAAAUAUCUCCUGCUUGCUCACCAUAUACCCACAUACACAGUUAUUCAGAGAGAAGGAGACUUGUUUUCAGCAGGUGCAGGAUCGCUCAUUAUGGCCCAGUCUCAUGGUUACCUUACUAUGACAAGCUGGAACUUCAUCUCCAAAGAUUUUCAGCAGAUCAAGGCUUGAUUUGAAAGGGCCCUGGAGGUAAAAAAGCACGCUAUGAACAAUCAAAUCUCUUGGUACACACUAGUCAUGGAUUGAGUGAAUAAAUCUAUUAAUGAUUUUGAUAAGCCCACUCUUGAACUCAUUUAUCAAAAUCUCAAAUCUAGGUUUACUGAAGAAGAGCAAUUUGCCAAUAGAAUUAAGAAAUAUUAUUUCUUUACGAACAAAGAGAUCACCGAGAAGGAGAAGGAUGACCUCUUUAGCCAAGAGCCAGAGAAUUCAAACAUCAUCAACUGUGAAAAAUGUGGCAUGGAGAUACUAAACUACUGGGUACAUUCAAUGAACCUCAUUGAUCCUAACCACGAAGCAGAUCCUAUAAACUACGUCUGCUUGGUCUGAGCUCUCAAAAGGAUUGAUCUCUGUAGAAAUAACACCACAAUCCGGUUUUACAAAAAAUUUGAUGCUCAGCAUGCAGAAUCCCUUCUCAGCAGGAUUUUGAAUAAAAUCAGAGACCCUGAAUGUCGAGAUGAGGGUGAAAUCAAAGAGCUUUCAACGUUCACAAACUCAUUAGAAAUGCUCAAGAGCUCCAUGAAGGCUGAAGAAUCCAUCAAUAUCCACAUCAGGCCACCAACUCACUUCAAAAGGCCUGUUUCUCUCAGUGAACUGAAGGCGAAAGCAAUCAAAGAGAUUGAAGUGAAAGCCCAAGAAAAGGCUGAAGAAAAACCAGAGGAGCCUAAAGAACCAGAAGCCAAGCCAGAGCCCACAGAGCCAGAGAAGGCGCCAGAAGAGAAAAAGGAAAAUGACUGGGAUGAAGCAGUAGCAGCUGAGGGCCAAGGCGACUGGGACGUCCCUGAGUUUAAAGAAGAUCCCACCCCAACUCCAAGUGGAUGGGUGGUCUCGAAAGAAGAAAACUCUGCUGCCCAAGACGACACUGAGAACAUUAAGGAGGAAAAUAAGGAGAAGUUUGCAGGACUCCUCAAAAAGGAUAUUAAAUCUAGUCUCCUAUCUUUAGCUAAUAUGACAUCUAAGGAUCAAUUGGUUAGUAAAAUUAAUGAUCUCAAACCUUCAGAAGAAAAACCUGAAGAGAAAGUUGAUAAAGGGUCAGGCCAAAUAGAGAAAAAUGAUAAAGAAAAAGAAGAAGAGAAUGAAACGGCCAGGAAGGAGAAGGAAGAACACUGAAUUGCUCUCAGAAAAAUGCAAAAAUUUCAGGAAGCCCUUAUAAUAGUCAGAGACUCGCUCGGCAGAGGAGGAGUCAACAAAUAUAUCCUUAAAGAUAUUCUAGAGUUCGAUGUGAAAUAUGUUGUCGAGAAUCAUUUCCAUUUUUAUAAACACAAUUACAUUAUUCUGAGAAAAUUAGUACGGAUGAAGGCGCUAGCUACUACCUAUAAGAAGCAUGUCAGGAAAUUGACACUUGAUUUUAACCAGAAAAUGAUAGAAUUAGCACGAGAAUUCGAACAAAGGCACGCAAGGGCUCUUAAUUCUAAAUCAAGAGUAGCAGAGAGUUGAUCCCAGACCGAGAAAAGAGCUGAAGAAGAAGCCUCAGGGACAGAAUGAAAUACUCCUUCUAAAGAACAAAUUAUAUCUAAUUAA